AUGGCUGAAACCGAACCCCAAACCCAAGCCGCCGCCCCAGGCUCAUUCCACCAGCGGACGGUGAUAGUGACCGGCGGAGCCGGGUUCAUCGGCGCACCACUGUGCAAGGCAUUUGCACGAGCCGGGGCCAACGUCGUAGUGAACGACUACGGAUGCAGCGUAUCAGGCGAGGGCUCGUCAGCCUCGCCCGCCGAGCAAGUGGCGCAGGAGAUCCGGGCUGAGGGCCUAUCUGCCGUGGCGGACAUGCACAACGUAGCGACGGACGCGGAGCAGAUCGUGGCGACGGCGCUGGCGCGGUUCGGGCGGGUCGACGUGAUCGUCAACAAUGCCGGCAUCACGAUCUACGGGCCGGUGGAGGCGCAGGGGCCCGAGGCGAUGCGGCGCGUGUUCGAGGUCAACGCGCUGGGCGCCAUGGCGCUGUGCCACUACGCCUGGCCGCACAUGCAGCGGCAGGCGUACGGGCGCGUGGUCAACGUCACGUCCGACAGUGUCUUCGGCAUGGCGGAUAGCUCGCCGUACGUGCUGUCGCGCGGCGCCGUGCUCGGCGUCACGCGAACCCUGGCCCUCGAGGGCCGCCCGCACAAUAUCCUCGUCAACGCCGUCGGCCCGUCCGCCUACUCGCGCAUGCGGAUGGCCGCCGACGAGGACAGCAGGCUGCCCGCGGAGCAGCAUGCCCAGCUGCAGGCCCGCUACCCCGGCGAGUCCAAUGUGCCUGCUAUCCUGGCCCUCGCUAGCGAGAAGCUCGACCUGUCCGGCGAGAUCUGGAGCACCGGCAGCUAUGCCCUGGGCCGCACCAUUCUAGGCACCGUAAAGGACGUCAAAGGCCUCCGCACCCUCGACGAAUGCCUGCAGGCCAUGCAGGUGUUGAUGGACAAGGACAGGGAGUGGACCGAGCCUCAUAGUAUUGCCGACUAUGCCGCCUUCAAAUCCAAAUCUUGA